AUGUCUGAUUUUGGUCGUAAAGAUAUCUCUGAAAAAGUUCAAUCUGCUGUUAAACCAGAUUCUGAAAAAUCUACUCCUGAACACUUGAAGGACAAGGUCACCGACAAGGCUGACAACGCUGCUGGUAAAGGUACUUCUGACAACAACAAGUCUUUUGUUCAACAAGCUGCCGACACUGUUUUCGCUAAAGCCAUUAGUGAAUACUCUUCUUUCCACGAAAUAACAAUGACUGCUUCUGAAAACCAAGCUGAACAAGCUUACCUCGACUUAUGCGAACGUAUCAUAAAAGAAGGUGAACAUCGUCCGGAUAGAACUGGUACAGGUACCAAAUCCUUGUUUGCACCUCCACAAUUAAGAUUUGAUUUAUCAAAUGAUACUUUCCCAUUAUUGACAACUAAGAAAGUGUUUUCCAAAGGUAUCAUUCAUGAGUUGUUGUGGUUUGUUCAAGGCUGCACCGACGCGAAGAAAUUGAGUGAAAAGGGAGUUAAGAUCUGGGAAGGUAAUGGAUCUCGUGAAUAUUUGGAUUCUAUAGGCUUAACUGAUCGCCGUGAAGGUGAUUUGGGUCCAGUUUAUGGGUUCCAGUGGAGACACUUUGGCGCUGAAUAUACUGAUUGUGAUGCAGACUACUCUGGUCGAGGUUAUGAUCAAUUACAAGAUAUCAUUAAAAAGUUGAAAACUAACCCAUACGAUCGUAGAAUUAUCAUGUCCGCUUGGAACCCACCGGAUUUCAAAAAAAUGGCAUUACCCCCAUGUCAUGUUUUCUGCCAAUUUUACGUUAACUUUCCCAGUAAAGAAGCUCCUGAUUCAAAUAAUAAUAAACAGCAAAAAUCCAGUGCAAAACCAAGAUUAUCUUGCUUGUUGUACCAAAGAUCUUGUGACAUGGGUUUGGGUGUACCUUUCAAUAUUGCUUCAUACGCUCUAUUAACCAAAAUGAUUGCUCAUGUGGUUGACAUGGAUUGUGGAGAGUUUAUUCAUACUAUGGGAGAUGCUCAUGUUUAUUUGGAUCACAUCGAAGCCUUAGAAACUCAAUUAGAAAGAACACCAAGAAACUUCCCCCGUUUAGUUAUCAAGGAUGAAAGAAAAGACGAAAUUAAAAAUAUCGAUGACUUCAAGUUUGAAGAUUUCCAAAUCGUCGGAUACGAACCUGACGCUCCAAUCAAAAUGAAAAUGAGUGUUUGA